CUUGACGCUGCUCUGAGGUGAAAGGCACGCCGGGAUACCUGUCAUGGCGGGAUGUUUUGAAGUGGAAGCUAACAUUAGGAAUUUAAUUAGCAGUGAAGAUGCAGAGAUCAGUGUCCAGUUUGUCUCUGAAUCCCAGCGUGAAAGUUAAACUGGUCGGCGCUGGUUUCCAGUUCACCGCAGACCUGCUGCACCUGAAACCGCUUCAACUCAGCAAAGAGGCCAGUCUGUCCCAGCAGGAGGCGCUGGAGGUGCUGCAGGCUGUGAGGAGAGACGGAGGAGGAGGUGAUGAAGCAGCAGAAGGAGAAGUUUCAGCCUCUCUCACAGCUCUGGAGCUCCUACAGAAGGAGGAGGAGUUGAGGAGCAUCGUGACGUUCUCCUCUCAGCUGGACGCUGCUCUCGGAGGAGGACUUCCUGUCGGGAAAACUACAGAAAUCUGUGGAGCUCCAGGAGUCGGAAAAACACAACUGUGCCUGCAGCUGGCGGUGGACGUUCAGGUCCCUCAGUGUUUCGGGGGGGUCGGAGGUCAGGUGGUCUACAUCGACACUGAGGGCAGCUUCCUGCUUCAGAGAGUCGUCGACAUCGCCGCCGCCGCCGUACGACACUGCUCCUUAUUGGUCGAAGAUGACGAGCAACGGGUCGCCAUGGUGACCUUCACCGUGGAAACCAUCCUGUCCAACAUGUUCCUGGUACGUUGCCAUGACUAUGUGGAGCUGCUGGCCGAGCUACACCUGCUGCCUGACUUCCUGUCUGACCACCCGAGGGUCCGCCUUCUGGUGAUUGACAGCGUGGCGUUUCCGUUCCGGCAGCACUUUAACGAGCUGUCGCAGAGGACACGCCUUCUUAACGGCCUCGCCCAGCAGCUCAUCGCCAUGGCAACCAGCCACGACAUCGCUGUGGUGAUGACCAACCAAAUGACCACCCGGCUGCGAGGCGGCCAAUCACAGCUAGUCCCCGCCCUCGGGGAGACCUGGGGCCACGCCCCCACCAUCAGGCUCCUCCUACACUGGGCGGGGACACGGCGACUGGCGGACAUCUUUAAAUCUCCAGGUCAAAUGGAGUCCACUGUCCAAUACCAGAUCACGGCUGAGGGAUUCAGAGACGCCGACCAAUCAGAGCAGCCACAGAGCAAACGGCCCCGAACACACACCGACCACUCAGCUGCCAGCCAGGGAGACAUCUGCUGCUGAUUGGUCAGAGACUGUCAGCCAAUCAGAGGCUGAGCUGAGUGUGUUUUGUUUGUUUUAUUUUCAGUUAAGUUUAAAUCAAAAAGUUUAAAAUGUGUUGACAGUUUCUCACAGAUCCAGUUCUAAUAUUAUAGUUUAUAUUACGUUAAUAAAGUUAAGUUUGUGUCCAGCAGGUGGAGACAGAACAGCUGGUUUCACUGUAGAUCAUUUAAAGGCUAACUUCUCAGUCAGUCAACUGUUUAGAGUUAAUGAAUAAUCUGUAUAGUCAGUUUAUUAAACCAUCAGUUGAUUCAGACUGUAGUUGUAAAUGGACUGCAUUUAUAUAGCGCUUUUCUAGUCUACCGACCCAUUCACACACUGAUGGCACCUGCCAUGCAAGGUUAUCAACAUAUCAACAAAAGUCACGGAAGCCGUUAGAGCCGCUACAUGUGUCUCUGAGGAGACGUCAGAAUAAAGGUGGAGGAGUUUCCGAACAUCCGCUGACUCAAAGCUCAACAGACGGACGAGUGAGAUCUGGACCUUUUAAUGAAGUUUAGCUGUUAUCUGACAAACAACGUUCUUUGAGGAAAAAAGGUUGCUGAUGGAAAUGUUGCACUUCACUUAUUUACAUGUUCUUUAAGAUUUAUGAAUAUAAACAAAGUUUGGUGAAGUGAUAAAAAAUGAAUAUGUAAAAUAAAUGUGAAUUUAAAUAUU